AUGUCUACUCGAAGACCCACCCACGCCGGUUCCUGGUACGAAGAUGACACUACAACACUGAAAGCUGAAUUGGAUGGAUGGCUCGAUGCUGUCCCUGGUGAAAUUGAGCCGUUCGGUGCUUUGCCAAUACCCGGUGCUAGAAUAAUCAUAGGACCUCACGCGGGCUAUGCGUAUUCAGGACCAUGUGCUGCCUGGGCUUACAAGGCUCUCGACUUAUCCAAAGCCAAACGCAUCUUUCUUCUCGGCCCUUCGCAUCACUACCCUCUCGCAACAAUCGCUUUACCUGAAGUAACCUCAUACGCGACCCCCGUGUCCGAUGAACCAUUGCCUCUCGAUAUUGAAGUAAUCGACAAAAUCUGCAACGCCUCAUCCACGUUUGAGAUUAUGUCCCGCCGCAUCGAUGAGCGAGAGCACAGCAUGGAGCUACAUCUGCCAUACAUACAUCGUAAACUACAACUUACAUUCCCAGGACGACCUGCCGCGGAGUAUCCACCCCUCGUCCCGAUCAUGGUUGGAAGCACCAAGGCUGAGACAGAGCGUGCUGUUGGUGCAUUGCUUGCUACGUAUCUUGCUGAUUCGUCGAAUGCAUUCAUUAUCAGCUCCGAUUUCUGUCACUGGGGCCAGCGAUUUGGGUACACAUACUACGUGCCUGAUGCACCGCAGCAGAAGCCACCGUUGCCGUUGUCGUUUGAUAAUCUGCCCCAACCACCUACCACCGUCUCUGAGGCCGAGGACGCUAUACAGAAGGUGUCGGGACGAUCACUACGAAGUAACAAAGAGAUACAAACAGAGAUUUAUGAUAGUAUCUCGGCAGUAGAUAUUGCGACCAUGAAAGCCAUCACAACGGGAAGCACAACGCAGUUUCUGAAGAUAUUGAGAUCGACCGGAAAUACAGUCUGUGGUCGUCAUCCUAUCGGCGUUAUAAUGGCAGCUUUGGAAGCGUAUGCUUCGGCAUCAGGUGAGGAGGUAGGAAAGUUUCACUUCAUCAGAUACGAGAGGAGCUCGGAUCCUGAUGUUGUGUCGGAGAGUUCGGUGAGCUAUGUGUCUGCUGUAGCGGUCAUCUAG